UGCAAUCCCACGUAAUUCAUUAACAGUCAGAUGGAGGGUGUUGUUAUGCCCAUAGUUUACAGGUGAGGACAGAGACUCAGGAAGAUCAAACAAUUUUCCUCGGUCAGCUGCCUAAUAAAAGGUGGACUGCGUUUGAACUCCAGCUUGUUUAACGCCAAGCUUGUUGCACAAUUCUGCCUCCUGUUUCUGUCCCUGCCCCUUCUGGCUGCACUGUUUCCUCCAGUCGUGUUCCCUGGUUAAAUGAUGGACACUGUGCUUGUGAAACCCUUGUAAGUGAGUGCCACGAGCCCCCGACGGCAGACAGGAAUGGUUGCUAGAAAGCAGGAGGAGGGGGGCCCAGGAGCCGUGCCCGGCCCAUGUCCCGCCUGCUGGACCUCGGACCCCGACCUUUGGACGGCAGCGUCCCGGUCCCGUGGAAGAGCAGCCCGAGCUCGCUGUGCGAUUGAAAUUCGUCCCCGCUCGCUCGCCUGCCCAGGAGACGUCCUCAUUCAAGCCCAGAAUCUGGGUCAGCUGUUGAUGGGCCCGGUACCUCCUGAAUGAAGCUGGCAGCCCAGGUUUCACUAUGCAAUUCAGGCUGGCCUUGAACUCACUUUGUAGCCCAGGUGAUCCUACAUGGAUCCUCCUGCCUCAGCUUCCCAAGUGCUAGGAUUACCAGACCUGGCCCCUCAAUCCUUAUAAAUUGUUAGAUGAGCUCGACAAAACCUGAAAAUGCGAAAUCAGUCCUGCUGGUAAACUGGGAGUCAGUGUCAGAUACCUGGUACCACGUUUAAACUGCUGUCCAAUAAAUGUCUUUUACGGGUGAUGGCUUACACCGGAUGUAAACAAAGCCCUGCCCUGUGCGUGCUGGUGUCCCCAGGUCUCUGGGAAGCGCUUUCUCAUCUGGAACUGUUCCUGUCUUGGUUUAACUCCAUUGUCACACAUGGGAAACUGGGCGCUCGUCCCGUGGCGUGUCCUGCAGUUUGGAUGCAUCUGGUUCCAGCCUCUCGGGUCGCAGCCUUGGCUGUGUUUCCUGGAGUCUUGAGGGGCCGGGACUGGGCUUUGCCUUCCGUGUGCAGCUGCGGGCAGCCGCACGUCCUGGGGUCCGGCUGCGCUGGUGCAGGCUCCUUUGGUGACUCCCGAGUGGUCCCCAGCCUGACCCGGAGGGCCCCACCGCACACGGACCUCUCCAGCCGCACGUUCACCUCCUGCCGCCUCCCUGUCCCCGAGGGUCAUCCUUCCAGGUGCCCAGGACGGGGCCCAGGAGCUUGGGGUGCAGGCUGGCCCGGGUGCUGCUCCCCGAGAGCGGCCUCAGCUGGCCUGGGAGGCCCGGCCGCUCCUCCUCCAGCUCCAGCGCCGAGCCAGGCCCCUUCCUCUGGGCACCACGCUGCUGAGGCCGAUGGCAGCUCUGGACAGUGUCCACCAGGGGCUCUGUGGUCCUCGGUCCUGCACCUCCAGGACCCCGAGAGUGCAUGGAGCCAGCACAGGGGCCGAGGCUGGAGGGGGUUGGGGUGCAGGCCCGACACAGGAGGAGAGCCCCCCAGGUGGGGAUGCACAGCGCCCUGGCGACAGGUCUGGGUGAGCGCUGUCCCGGGGAGCCCACGCCCCCACGCUCUGGCAGUGUGGGUUUCUCCUUGGAGCCCUCUGAGGAGCCUGAGGAGCGGACAGGGCAGAGACCAUCAUCCCCGCGCUGUGGAGAGGGCCACUGAGGCCUGGCACAACCCAGGGGGCAGUGACACAGGGCUUGAGCCCAGGGCCCUUGACUUUAUAGCAACCACGGAAAAGAGUGGGGAGCCCCGCAACCCCUGAACCCCGUUCUUUUGUUUUUUUGAGACAGGGUCUUGAUGUGUAGCUCAGCUCAUGGUGAACCUCCCGCCUCAGCCUCCUAAGUGCUGGGGUUACAGGUGGAUGCAUGUGUGCCUGCAGGCUCUUUGGCUGUAUUCCACUGUAACUGGUCUCAUUUGUUGCCCAUGCACGUGUGCUGUGUAUGUGCAAAUGUUAGCUGGAAAAGCAUCCCUGCCCUUUGCUGUUGCCAAAUGAGCCUGGGGCACAGGAGGCCCAGGGCCCCGCAGGGGAGAAGACGGGAUGGGUCAGGGGCCGUGGGGCUGGGAGUCAGAGAAGGCUCCCCAAGGAGACAAGGCUAAGCCAGGCUUUGAAGCAUGAAUAGGAACUCGUGGGGCUGCAGAGGCGACCCCAGGGUGUCUCAAGGCAUUAAGCGAACACAAGGACGCCAGCCCUGGACGCCAUUUCCUACAUGAAGGGUGCAGUCACACGGGUGCUGGUGACCGACCUUGGAGCCAGAGCCUGGCAGAGGGCAGAAUCCAGUUGCACUGCUGAGUGCGGGCCGUGGGGGGGGCAGAGCGGAGCCAGAGUGGGCCUGGGUUACCAUGGGGCGCCCUUGACGGGGGGCAGCUGGAGGAGACUUGGGAAUGAAAGGAGAGGGGCUGAGGGGCCUGAGGUGGGGACCCCACCACCCUCCUUCCCCACAGCCUGGGGCUGCGUGAAGCUCGGACCACCAUCUGGCUGCCUUUGACUCCAGGUCCGAGCCCCAGGUGGGGCCUUGGCCCCAGACAACCUCGACCCCCGGGAAAACGCCUAAUGGAGCAUUCUGAUUUAGCCUAGUGGUCUUUUAGUUUGAAAGACGUAAGGACAGGCUGGGCGUGAUGGCACUCACAUGGCACUUGGGAGGCUGAGACAGGUGGCCAGCCUGCACUACAUAGCAAGACCCUGUCUCAAAAAACCAAAAAACUCCAAAAAAGAUGUAAGGACAUUUGGCUAAUGUUUAAAGACCAGGCCAGGUAUG